AUGCAUCUACCGGUGGGUCCCGUGGGCUGCGGGGAGAAUUACGCCACCGUUGGAUCCCACGAAGGCGCCGGCCUCUGCGGCCCCUCACUGGCGCCGCUUCAGGGGGUGAACACCAGGUACCAGCAGGCCGAAGACGCCGAUCCUGGAGGUGGUGGAGGAGAGAUGAGCGAGGGUGCCGCCGUCGGCGAGCUCUGGUGGACCGAGAGGCUUGUCGGCGAGGCACAGGCCGAACAUCCCGGUGAACUGGUUCGCACAGGGUCACCGUAUUUUCUCUGCAGCCAAUUGCCGACUCACUGGCGGUCCAACAAGACGCUUCCGGUGGCAUUCAAAGUUGUCGCCCUGGGCGAGGUCGGCGAUGGAACUCUGGUGACAGUGCGAGCGGGUAACGACGAGAAUUGUUGCGCCGAACUGAGGAAUUCCACCGCCUUGAUGAAGAACCAAGUCGCGAAGUUCAACGACCUCAGGUUCGUCGGAAGGAGCGGCAGGGGAAAGAGCUUCAGUAUCACGAUAACCGUGUCAACGACGCCUCCCCAGGUGGCGACCUACACCAGAGCGAUCAAGGUAACCGUGGACGGACCAAGGGAGCCACGUUCCAAAACGAGACAGACACACAUCCCGGGGCUGGCGCGUGUUCCCGCGCUUCCUCGAGUUCCUGGACUGCCACGAGGGUCCUUCCACGACGCGCCGAGCCCCUUCACCCCCUAUCUACGGGACCCGGACCCAUACAGACGGAAUAAGCAUCACGUCGGCAACAACGUCACCGCGAAUUCGGUUAGUGGUGCCUGCACAAACCCCAACAACACCGACCCGACCGCAUCGCCCGCUUCCAGUACACACCUCGGGGCUACCGGCGGCUCCUCGGCUCAUCAGGAUUGCUACAAGCACAGCCCUCAACACGGCGAUACGAGCACAGGGACAGCGGAGUGGAGCUAUCCGUCGACGACACCGUCUUAUCCAGCGCCUCCGGUCAGCAGCGGGGGUUCAUUCUCGCCGAUACCUGGAGGGGCGUUCUCGUAUCCCGGUGAUCCCCUCUCCCAUCACCCGACCACGGAACCUAUGCCGUUACCCGCCGUUCUUCCCUCGGAGAACCAGCAGGACACCUACACGCCUAACUGCGUGUCCAUGUACCCAGGCCACGGGACCACCUCGUCUUCCCUGCCAUUGGUCCCAAGUAAGUCCAACGACCCAGACAUCUUCGCCGGCGGAGGAACGGGUAGUGGAAGUCCCGGCUACCAUUACGGUUCCUGGACACCUGGACCAGCCACGCCAGUUCCUGUCGCCUCGCACAACUACAAUCCGAAUUACCAGGGUUACUACAACAAUCCAAGCCAGAACUACAUCAGCCCAGCACCUAUGGUCCUCUAUCCGCAGCUGUACAGCACGGUGAACCAGAAUCAGAUCCACCUGCACCUGCAUGGCGACCUGACCGAAGAACAGGUCACGAUCGCUGGCAGCAACCUAACCAUCAGCAGCAAUAGGUUAGAGAUUGGGGUGCUGGGCGAGGAGAGCGAGCAGAGGAACGACGUCUGGAGACCCUAUUGA